ACUGAAGCAGAAAUCAUGGCAGCACAACACCGCCCCUGUCUGAGCUCUCCGCUGUCCUCACGCCCGUGGUGCUGAAAUCUGCGCUCGCCCCGACAGCUAUGUGACGGCAAUGAAACAAAGACACGGGGUGCACGACGAACGAUAGCGAUAAUGGACGAUGAUUUGUUUCAGUUAAGACAGCUCCCAGUGGUGAAAUUUCGGCGUACAGGUGAAAGCACUCGUUCAGAGGAGGAGUGCGGUAGCAGGGAUGAGGUUCUCCAUGUGGAGGGAGGGCGGACGGACAUGGAGUCAGUUUCCCUGGCUGAUGGUGCUCCAGUUCCCCGGGAGUUUGCUAAUCCCACCGAUGAUACCUUUAUGGUGGAGGAUGCAGUGGAAGCUAUUGGCUUCGGGACAUUUCAAUUAAAGCUGUCCAUCCUUACCGGACUUUCAUGGAUGGCAGAUGCCAUGGAGAUGAUGAUCCUCAGUAUACUGGCCCCUCAGCUACACUGUGAGUGGGCACUACCCACCUGGCAAGUGGCACUCCUAACCUCGGGAGUAUUUAUUGGAAUGAUGAUCAGCUCUUCAUUAUGGGGAAAUAUAUCUGAUAAAUAUGGCAGAAAAACAGGUUUGAAGAUGAGUGUAUUCUGGACCCUGUUUUACGGCCUCCUCAGUGCAUUCGCUCCUUUAUACGGAUGGAUUCUGUUCCUCAGAGCUCUGGUAGGCUUCGGUAUUGGAGGCGCUCCACAAUCAGUGACAUUGUAUGCUGAGUUUCUCCCCAUGCGGUCCAGGGCCACUUGCAUUUUGUUGAUAGAGAUAUUCUGGGCCCUGGGAACAGUAUUUGAAGUGCUGCUUGCCAUUUUGGUGAUGCCAACAUUGGGCUGGCGCUGGCUGCUGGCCCUCUCCACAAUUCCACUUUUUAUUUUUGCUAUUCUUUCAUUUUGGCUGCCAGAAAGUGCACGUUAUGACGUCCUGACAGGGAAUCAGGAGAAGGCUUUAAGCACACUUAAACGAAUUGCUGCGGAAAACAAGGUUCCCAUGCCACUGGGAAAACUUAUUGUGGCCAGACAGGAGGACAGGGGGAAGAUUCAAGAUCUUUUCUCUCCACACUUCCGCUGGACCACUGUUCUGCUAUGGUUUAUAUGGUUCUCUAAUGCGUUCUCUUAUUAUGGUGUGGUGUUGCUGACCACUGGUCUUUUCCAGGAAGGAGGGGCCUGUGGUCAGGCAAAAGGAAGCAAAAGGGAUCCAAGUUGCAGUUUGGAGUGCAAGUAUCUGAAUUCAGAUGAUUACAAAGAUCUUCUUUGGACCACGCUCUCUGAGUUUCCAGGUCUGCUAGUGACCCUGUGGGCGAUCGAUCGAUUGGGAAGGAGGAAGACUAUGGCACUGUGUUUCUUCGUCUUCUCCCUCUGCAUUGUGCCACUCUAUGGAUGUGUAGGAAGAACCGCUUUGACAGUUUUGAUAUUCAUUGCAAGAGCCUUUAUUGCUGGGGGAUUCCAAGCUGCGUAUGUGUACACACCAGAGGUGUAUCCCACGGCGACAAGGGCACUGGGUUUGGGUACCAGCAGUGGAAUGGCUCGGGUCGGAGCUCUCAUCACUCCAUUUGUUGCACAGGUGAUGCUGGAAUCAUCUGUGUACUUGACUCUGUCCGUCUACUGUUGCUGCUGUUUGUUGGCUGCUAUUGCGUCCUGUGCCCUUCCCAUCGAGACCACUGGCCGGGGCCUGCAGGAGUCCAGUCAUAGAGAAUGGGGUCAGGAGAUGAUGGGACGGGCACCAGACCAUAGCCCUGGUGGGAUUCCACAUUCCAGCUCUGAAUCCCAGGACUAAAGGGACACAGAUGAGGUUUUUUUAAGAGCAAUUGGUCUUAGAUCUACUGUAGGGAGGGAAUGUACUUUGCAAAAACAAUGUUUGUCUAAACAGACCUACCUGAUUCAGUGGUUUUAAGAGUUGCUCUGAAUUGAUUUUUUAAGUUCCUUUAUCAAAGUCAAGAGGUUUCCUUUCAUGAAUCUCCCCUCGACCAGAGAUAUUGAGGGGAAUAUAUAUUCAUUGAAGUACAACAGAAGAUAGGUUGAAUCCUGGAUCUGAAACACUAUAGCCCGGUUUCACAGACAAGGCUUAAGGUUCAUACCAGCCAAAAAUUAAUGUUUGACCUGUCUUAACUGAAAAUAACUUUGCCAGAAAUAUCUUUAAAAAUAUAACAGGCAUUUUUUGUCUCAAGAUGCACACAAGUAAUGUAUACUUCUAAGGCAUUUUUAAAAUCAGCGACAUAAAUAUCUUAAUUCAACUAAGGCAUGGUCCUGGUUUAAGCUAAGCCUUGUCUAUGAAACCGGGCCUAUGACACUUACACCAUUUUAAACAUACAUAUGUGAUCCUGGACAACAAAACCAAUCUUAUGGGUCUAUUUUUCGAAAUUUAGAUUUUUACAUCAUCUGAACGCUGAACAAUUAAGACAAUUUCUGGCGGAGAUACAACAGUUUAAAACUAUGGAAUCUGAGGGAGCAAAAAUACGAAAUAUUGAUAAAAUUGCCUUUGAAGUUGUCUAUCAGAGGUGCUGUAGCAGGCCAUCCACUCGCAAAAAUUAUGUUUUUUAAUAUUUAAGGUUGGAAAUUUACAAAAUAUCUUCAUGGAACAUGAUCUUUAUUUAAUAUUUUAAUGACUUUAGGAAUAAAAGAAAAAUCUGUCAAUUUGACCCAUACAAUGUAUUUUUGUCUUUAACUAAAAAUGUUCCAGUGCUACGUAAGACUGGUUUUGUGAUCCAGGGUCACAUAUGGUCCUAAGAAUGUUAAUGUAUAUUUAAAAGGAUAGUUCAUUCAAUUAAUCACCCUCAUGUCAUAAACUUAUGACUCAUGUUACUCUUUCUUCUGUUGAACACAAAAGAAGAUAUUUUGAGGAAAAUCUUUUAUGGUUUUAUGUCCAUACAACGGAAGUCAGCUGGGUUCACUGUUGUUUGGUUACCAGCAUUCUUCAAAAUAUCUUCUUUUGUGUUCCACAGAAGAAAAACAGUCAUACAGGUGUGGAAUGACACAAGGUCAAGUGAAUAAUGAAGGAUUGUGCAUUUUUGGGUGAACUAUCAAAUUUAGAGGAAAAGUGACCGAUUUUAACUUCUCCCAAAUAAAGAGCACAAAAAAUGUGUUUGUUUGUGGGUCAGAAUGACUGUGAGUAGAAAGUGUAGAUUUGUGUGUUUUAUUUCUUUAUGUUCAAAACGGGCCUUACUCUCCACUCCCAACACUCCUUCGGGGAGUGCAUAACAACUUUUGAUUCAUAGCGCAAAAGGCUGGAUGCUGCUAUCAAGACCAGCACACAAUGCACCAGUUGUAUUGCUUUUGUUGAAGAAACAUUUACUAGAGCAUUAUAGAGGCUACAUAAUUCUUAGCCAUUCAGUUUUGCUUUUACUGACAUCAUGAUGCACACAGUGACAUCUGGUGGACAUCAACAUCUUCAUUUCAUACCACAUAGCGUUGGAAAGCACCUUUCAAUGGGUGUCAACCGAUUCACUUGUAAGCUGUUUAAACUCAAAUUGUUCCCUAAGCACACACAUCAAAGGUCUUUAGAAAAUGUAUAAUCUUGAAUGUACAGAUUAUAUAGAAAACAACAUUCACCUUUGUGUGUUCAAACGAAGACAAAAACUGAAAAAAAUCAAACAGGUUUGGUAGUCAAGAGUUAAUAACAGAAUUUGCAUUUAAAUACAGGAACUCUUUCAUUACAGUCUAUUCUAGUACCUGAGCCUCCUAAAAGCAGAUGUCUAAAAAAAUUGCUUGCAUUAAACGCGCAACAAACAUAAACGUUAUUUUAUUUAGCUUUUGUAUCUCUCUACCAAUUGAACAGUCCUUU